GCUCGGUCUUUUUCCUCUCCAGUCUGUUUGGGUGGCCGGCCUGUUCUCCGUCUCCUCCACCUCCACCUCCACCAAACGUGACAAAAUGAUCAUCUUCAGGUGCCUCAUCACCCAAGACGAGAUGUUCUCGGACUCCUUCAAGUACAAGGAAUCUGAAAAUGGCAUCUUCUAUGAAGUUGAAGGAAAGCUGGUCACAAGGACAAUGGGCUUCGACGACGCUUUAAUCGGUGCCAACGCCUCUGCUGAAGAAGCAGCUGAGGGCAGUGAUGAGUCCUCAGUCUCUGGAGUCGAUAUCGUCCUCAACCACGAUCUAAAAGAGACGGGUUUCACCAGGAAGCAGUAUUUACUCGACCUGAAGGCGUACUGUAAAGCCGUUAAGGUGAAGCUGCAAGAGUCCAAUCCAGAGAGAGUGGAGACCUUCAUGGCUGAAAUGACAAAAAGUGUUAAGGUGAUCUCGGAGAACUUCAAGAACUACCGGUUUUUCACAGGAGAGUCCAUGAACCCAGAGGGCAUGGUCGCACUGCUGGACUUCCGUGAGGACGGAAUUACACCAUUCAUGCUUUUCUUCAAAGAUGGUCUCAUUGUUGAGAAAUGCUAAAUACCUGGAACUACAUCUGCAUUUCAAUUGGCUGCUGCUUCCUGAAUGGCCCCAAGAGCAGACUGAAGGAGCACUAUUUUGCAUCAUGCCUGGAAACAAACACUUUUACAAUUUCCUAAAGUCACCAUGACUCAGGCUGGGUGAUUCAAACACGACUGGUCACAGAAUACUGUUUUUAACUUUUUCUUUUUGGCUUUUGCAGUGUUUUGAUUUUCGACCCAGGAUUGACCCAGCUUUUUGUGCUUGAAUAGAAAAGGGCAGGAUAGUGUGUGGACCUCUGGAUGAAAGAAGUAUUCUUUUUUUUCCUUCUGUCUGCGUACUGUUUUAGCAAAGAUCUAUACAGGUUGACCUCCUCAGACCUCCUGUUUAUGGUUGCAUUAAAUACGAUUCCAUCUUUAAAUGAAAAUACUUAUGGUUUAAUUUGAAAAAAUAAAGUCUAGUACCACCA